CCUCCUCCUCCUCCGUGGUGGUGGUGGUGGGACUGCCCCCGGCCGCUGCCCCCGCCGCCGCCCCCCACCGAAGUAGCGGCCACAGCCUGGUCAGCGGCAGCAUCAUGCAGGCCAACGGGGCAGGAGGAGGAGGAGGAGGCGGCGGCGGCGGCGGCGGCGGAGGGGGCGGCGGGGGCCAGGGACAGACCCAGGAGCUGGCCUGCCUGUCGGCCCAGAACGGGGAGUCGUCCCCCUCGUCGUCGUCGUCCGCGGGGGACCUGGCCCACGCCAACGGGCUGCUGCCUUCCGCCCCCUCCGCCGCCAGCAACAAUAGCAACAGCCUGAAUGUCAAUAACGGGGUCCCCGGCGGGGCCGCCGCAGCCGCCGCCGCCGCCGCAGCCUCGGCCGCCGCCGCCGCCGCCGCCUCCUCGGCCACCCCGGAGCUGGGCAGCAGCCUCAAGAAGAAGAAGCGGCUCUCCCAGUCCGACGAGGAUGUCAUUCGGCUCAUAGGACAGCACUUGAAUGGCUUAGGGCUCAACCAGACUGUUGAUCUCCUCAUGCAAGAGUCAGGAUGUCGUUUAGAACAUCCUUCUGCCACCAAAUUCCGAAAUCAUGUCAUGGAAGGAGACUGGGAGAAGGCAGAAAAUGACCUGAAUGAACUAAAGCCUUUAGUGCAUUCUCCUCAUGCUAUUGUGGUAAGAGGCGCACUUGAAAUCUCUCAAACGUUGUUGGGAAUAAUUGUGAGGAUGAAGUUUUUGCUGCUGCAGCAGAAGUACCUAGAGUACCUGGAGGACGGCAAGGUCUUGGAGGCGCUUCAAGUUCUGCGCUGCGAGUUGACGCCCCUGAAAUACAACACGGAGCGCAUUCACGUCCUUAGCGGGUAUCUGAUGUGUAGCCAUGCAGAAGACCUACGUGCAAAAGCAGAAUGGGAAGGCAAAGGAACGGCUUCCCGAUCCAAACUGUUGGACAAACUGCAGACGUAUUUGCCGCCAUCAGUGAUGCUUCCCCCACGGCGUUUACAGACUCUCCUGCGGCAGGCAGUGGAAUUACAGAGGGAUCGGUGCCUAUAUCACAACACCAAACUCGAUAAUAACCUAGAUUCUGUGUCUCUGCUUAUAGAUCAUGUUUGUAGUAGGAGGCAGUUCCCAUGUUAUACUCAGCAGAUACUUACGGAGCAUUGUAAUGAAGUGUGGUUCUGUAAAUUCUCCAAUGACGGCACUAAACUAGCCACAGGAUCGAAAGAUACCACAGUUAUCAUAUGGCAAGUUGAUCCGGAUACACACCUGCUAAAACUGCUUAAAACCUUAGAAGGACAUGCUUACGGCGUCUCCUACAUCGCGUGGAGUCCGGACGACAGCUACCUUGUUGCUUGUGGCCCAGACGACUGCUCUGAGCUCUGGCUUUGGAAUGUACAGACGGGAGAGCUAAGGACAAAAAUGAGCCAGUCUCAUGAGGACAGUUUGACGAGUGUGGCUUGGAAUCCGGAUGGGAAGCGCUUUGUAACUGGAGGUCAGCGCGGCCAGUUCUACCAGUGUGAUUUAGAUGGGAACCUCCUUGACUCCUGGGAAGGGGUGAGAGUGCAAUGCCUUUGGUGCUUGAGCGACGGCAAGACUGUUCUGGCAUCAGACACACACCAGCGCAUCCGGGGGUACAACUUCGAGGACCUUACAGAUAGGAACAUAGUACAAGAAGAUCAUCCCAUUAUGUCUUUUACUAUUUCCAAGAAUGGCCGAUUAGCUUUGUUAAAUGUAGCAACUCAGGGAGUUCAUUUAUGGGACUUGCAAGACAGAGUUUUAGUAAGAAAGUAUCAAGGUGUCACACAAGGGUUUUAUACGAUUCAUUCAUGUUUCGGAGGCCAUAAUGAAGACUUCAUCGCUAGUGGCAGUGAGGAUCACAAGGUUUACAUCUGGCACAAGCGUAGCGAGCUGCCCAUUGCGGAGCUGACAGGGCACACGCGCACAGUGAACUGUGUGAGCUGGAACCCACAGAUCCCAUCCAUGAUGGCCAGCGCCUCAGACGAUGGCACUGUUAGAAUAUGGGGACCAGCACCUUUUAUAGACCACCAGAAUAUUGAAGAGGAAUGCAGUAGCAUGGAUAGUUGAUGGCGAAUGUGGAGCAGACGACUUCUGUUUAACUUAAAAUUAGUCGUAUUUUAAUGGCUUGGGAUUUGGUGCAAACAAACAUGAUUGAUAGCUGGACAGACAUGCUCGUCAUGAAAAAAGAACCAUUUCUGAAGCCCGAUUGGGGCCAAACAUUUACACCUUGCUUCAUAGUAACCAGUUGAGAUGAAGCACGUCGUUAGAACGUUGUUGGACACCAUGUUGAAUUAUCCCCCCAUCGGUUGUGAAGAACUGUGCUACAUUCAGGCUUACCCAUUGAACUCAGUAUAUAUAUUUUUUUCCCUCCUGCCUUUUGUCUGGUGGGAUACCAUUCUUGUUGCUCUUCUGUGUAAUGAAGUUUAAAUGCUUGUUUGGAAAACUUUAUUUAACAGUUUAGAAGGCUUGAUAGAAGGAGUGCAUUAGUCUGAAGAGUAUACAUUGGAUAGGAAAGAAUUUCCUUCUUUUGUUUCUCCAAAAUCUUUCCGCCUUAUUUAGCUUGAGAUCUUUGCAGCUUGGUUCAUGGAUUCUAGCCUUGCCCGUUGCGCAGUAUAUACUGAUCCAGAUGAUAAACCAGUGAACUAUGUCAAAAGCACUCUCAAUAUUACAUUUGACAAAAAGUUUUGUACUUUUCACAUAGCUUGUUGCCCCGUAAAAGGGUUAACAGCACAAUUUUUUAAAAAUAAAUUAAGAAGUAUUUAUAGGA